GUCUGCUUUAAUUGCCAUAAUACCUACGAAAUAUACAUAUAUUUUUAUAUAAUAUACCGUGUGCGAUUAUCGGAAGGGGAAAUCGGCUUUUCUUCUAACACCUUCCGAAUCAAAAUGUCCGUGCUGAAUCAGCUCUUCAACAGAGGACUUUUGGGAACAAAAUGUAAAACAUGCCUAACAUUGGCAAUCUCGCGAAUCAAGUUGUUGCAAAACAAGAGAGAUGUGCAGCUAAAGCUAAUGAGGAAGGAAAUAGCAGAAUUUCUACAGGCCGGCCAAGAAGCCAUCGCUCGAAUUAGAGUGGAGCAUGUUAUUCGGGAACAGAACACUUGGGAGGCUUACGAGAUAUUGGAAUUGUUCUGCGAAUUUGUUCUUGCUCGUGUACCUAUUCUCGAAAGCCAGAGGGAAUGUCCUACGGAGUUGAGGGAAGCUGUGGCAAGCAUAAUAUUUUCGGCUCCAAGAUGUUCGGAUUUACCGGAUCUAUUAAUCGUUAAGAAUUUAUUUGCAUCGAAAUAUGGGAAAGAGUUCAUAGCUGCUGCUUCCGAGCUUCGUCCCGAUACCAGUGUCAACCGUACAAUCAUUGAAAAACUCUCAGUGAGUGCUCCACCUGUGCAUUUGAAGCUGAAAGUAUUGAAGGAAAUCGCGCUUGAAUGUAACAUCAAUUGGGAUUCAUCCGCAACAGAAGCAGAAUUCAGCAAGAAACCCGAAGAUCUUCUGAAUGGGCCAAAACAAAUAGCCGCACAAUCUCAUGCUCAUUCCAGACCGAAAACCGAGCAUAAUACUUUCUCCAAACAGCUUUCUGAGCCUUCUUCCAAAACUAAACAAGGGGAUGUCAACUUUUCUGGUCCUCACACAAUUGAGCCGUUGGCCCGAAAACAGCAUUUGCACUCAAUAACUCAGGUAAGUUCAAAACCAUCAGAUGUUCUUGAAAGGGCCCAAGCUGCUAUUGCUGCAGCUGAACGUGCAUCAGCCGCUGCCCGUGCAGCUGCUCGAUAUAUUCCACUUAUCGUGCCUCUCUUGCCGCUCAGGAGCAUGGGGUACGGAGUGUUUGGAACCGCUUUGAGAAUCAAAUAG